GACAGAUUUUAUGUCAGACAGCCCUCAGCUCCACACCCCUGCAUUCAACUCCCACAGACAGCUUCUGAUUCCCCAGCCAACACCAGCAAGCAAACACGUGGAUGAUAGUCUCAGACUUUCAGGAUUACUUUUCUCUGGAUAUGCACCUCUUGUUCCAUUUUUUUAAAAAACAUUUUACAGCAUAAUUGUUAAAAUAUCUCUAAACGUUUAUUUAAUUAGUUUUCUAUAAAAUCUUGCUUUUCAAAAACCUCAUGACCACUUUUUCAUGGAAUGGACAGAGGCACACUCAAUGGAGAGAUUUAAUGUUUGACUAAACAGUUGGGACUGGGAUGAAGUUCAGCUGAUCCUCUCUUUAUUGAAGACAGAUCAAUGUGGUGAGCUCUCUUGCACUUGGAUCCUCAGCAAGGAUGAAGGGCUCUCCUCAAUGAAUAUUAUAUUAACUGCCACAGCCUGACAGUAACAAGCUAUUAUUUUAGGUAUUUUCUUCCUGAUGGAGAAAUGAUAUGUCGAGAGGAAGGUGCAAAAGAAAUGGAAGUAAUUAAUGGUGGCCUAAAUAGCCACUCUGAUGUCAUCCUCAAUGGAUAUAUGAACAAAAGCUUCCAAGCUUGUCCAGAGGAGAGGGGUACAGAGACCAUGGCAAUUUGUGAGUUUGAGCACUGUGACACUGGUGGAAUUUGCAGCCAGCUCCAGAUGGAUGAUACCGCCGUUCGUUAUGAAAAAAAAGGUAAAGGAUCCCGAAUAUGGAGCCUUGUCAGCAGGAGAAGAGCAAAUUCAGCCCGUACCAGAAGACCACAGUCUAUGAUCCUUACUAGUGAAAUCAGCGAUCCUAAACCUAAGUUGUCUUUUAUGGACAAAGUGAGAUCAUUCAAAAGAUUAAGAUCUUCGACCUUCUCCAAAGGCUCUGUACUUCGGAAUUCUAAAGCUAAAGUACAAGACCUUCCCACAGAGGACAGCAAUGUUAAAAUAUCUAGUGCCUUAUUCAGAACAAGAAAAUUUGCUGAUGGACAAAGGCCAUAUAGACAUUCCUAUGCAGGAUACAUUGAUGACUUAGACACAUCUUUUGAAGACGUGGAGUUAAAUAUUAGUAUCGCUGAAUGUGACUCCACUCCUGAGAACAGAUGGUUGAGAGAUAUUGGUGUUGGAUUAAAUGGGGGCUCAGACUUCCUGGACAGUCAGAGCAUGAGCAGCCAUCGUAGAUAUGCUCUUAGCACAAAAAGUUCAACUAUUGCUGAAGGGGAAAUCCAGAGGAAAGGACUUAAAAUCCCACCAGAACAUCGCAGAGGAAAGAGCUCAUAUAUGUGGAGCUAUCUAAAGGGGAUUUCAUUAGCCAACAAAGAGAACCCAAAGGGACUUAAUAGACUUCAGGGAAUUACUGUUGAAAAUGUAGAAUGCAAAACUGACAAUUAUUCAAAUGCGUCAGGCAAAUCAGAGGACAAUGUUGAGUUAGAACAAUUACCUGACGGUGGCAGUACUUCCAAAUCAAAAAACUUUGGUGGUGUCCUCAAGUUUUUCAGCAAUGUGGCUGAAGCUGCUAGGAAGUGGCGAGGUUCCUCAAGGUCUUCUACGUCUGAGGACCAGAUUUCUCAGUCUACGCCUCAAACUCCCAGACUACAGAUUUCAUCUGUCAAAGAACCAUUAGUCAUAGAAAAUGAAAAUGCCCUAAUUUUCCCCUCAGAACACCUCCAGUCUACAGAUUCAGGUAUAUGGGAAAACCAUGCCCGUGAAAAGCCUUCGUUCCAGGACAUUUCGCCUGAGCCAUCAGGCAGGGAUCCUUGUGAUUCAGAGUGUAAGGUCACACAAACCACAGCUGACACAUCAUCUGAGGACAAUGCCUGUUGCUUGGAAGAAAUACCUAAAGAAUCUUUCCAGACAGUUCCUGCUUUGCCAGAAUUUGAACAACGCAUUUCAGAGACAGAGAGUCCUAGUCUGUGCUUAGAAUCAUGCUAUGAUACUUUGAUAACAAACACUGAGAGUGAACCCAAACAGGACAGUCUUUUUAAAACCAAGUCUGAAAACACUUUGAUUACUGAACCAAAUCUCUUGGCUGGACAGGAUGAGGAUGUAUUUGAAUACAGCGAUUCUGCAGCUGAAUCUCAUUUCAGCCUGUCCUCCACAGCUUCAUCAUAUGAGGAGGUGCAGUGGGAAGAUGGACUACUUGAUAUUAGUAGAGAAGAUGAAGGAACAACAUGCUAUGGGAGCCAAGGUGGUGAACUCAACCAAGGAAAAGUUCCUGAUCAUCUGGAAUCGGCUCCUGAAGAUGAAGUUCAAACACAUGCAAAGGAGGAGGAAGAUGACAAUGAGGACAAUGAUAGCAGCCUAUCAAGUGACUCAGAGUCUGACCAGAAAAGCAAUGGAGUAGAUGAAAUGCCUACGUCUUCUGCUCUGUUAUCCGAGAGUCAGAACAUCCUUCCACCUCUCCGUCUGCCACCAACUCCACUCACGGUUCCUCCUUCCUUAAAAUUUCCUCUGGACAGAUGCAUGUCACUUCCUCUGUCCCAGAGCACCCCGUCUGGGCUGGACCAAGUAGGUUGGAUGAAGAGAAAGCUCCAAAGUACAGGAGAGGCUGACCUUGGCUCCAAGACAUUGGAAGUCCGGAGAGAAAGCAGAAAGGGGAGAAACAGAUGGAAAGCCUUAAAACCAGGUUCAGUUCAGCUGCCUGUGCACCAGGUACGUAGCAGCCUGAAAGUGUCAUUUCAUAAAACCUAUACACUUGUAAAUUCUCUUCUGUGUGACAUGCCCAUGUGAACAUACAUUGUGGAUCUGGUAUUACAACAUAUAGA